GAAAGAACAAGAAUCGAGCGCGUAGAAAUCAGUUGGUUUAUACGAGCUCGUGAAUAAUAUAUUGGAUAUUAGAUUCUGCGCAAAAAUUAAAGCGCUACUGUGUAACGCAUUCGAAGCCAAACUCUAUCAACUCCUAGUUUCUUUGAUCGGUUUGUCUUAAUCUCACUCUGGCUUUAUAUCUGGUUGCUGUCUAUUUAUUCUUCUGUUGAAUAUACCCCCAGCACACAAUGUACCUCCUGGCUAAACGCAAACUAACCAAAGGCUAAAGUUACAGCUGUAGAUAACUUGGGUGCUGUUAUUGGUGAAGUAGGAUUUCCCAAUCCUAACAACCAAACUAAUGACAAAUCGUAUUGUAAAAUAUUCGUUCCUACUAAAUGAGUUGUCAUUAGCGGUUAGUGCAAAUCGAUAAUAUUAUUCCCAAUCUGACACAACAUAAAGUGUAAGUCUCUUAAAUUAGUAGGUACUGGAAUGAUGAGGCUUUACAUCAUAGUUGAUGUCGUUUCUUGAUGAAAAUCAUAACCUUGAUUUGAAGAACCGAGUUCAGAACUUCAACUUAACUUUAAAAAUCUAACCCUCCAGCAUCAUCACAGCUGGUAGUAGAAUUGCGCAGGGUAACAACUUUAACUCAUCACUAGCCGGACUUCUAACUUCAUUUCAUUACGAGGAAUGUUUCAGCAUAUGUUUGCUGAUUAUUCAAUUCAGAACUUCUGUUCUACUGAUAUUUUGUGGCUCUUAGGCGUUAAGUGUUUUGUCAGUAGGCCAUGUUCCUUUAUUGGUUGACAGGCAGUUUAAGGUUCUUAUUAUAUUAUACUUCACUGUUAUUCGUCAUUUAAACGUAGACAUUGGUACAAAGGUCACCUAAAUAUGUGCCACACAAGUAGUGGGAUUUACGCGUGGGUUGCAAUGCCACCUGACUACCAAACCGGACUAGAGGGUUAUCUUGGGGGCCAUUCGUUGAGCCUGGUACACAAGGCAGUGCAGCAACGUUGGGGAUCCCAGCCUUAUGGUACCCAGGGGUCAGGGGUGGGUUAGCACGCUCUUCGCUAUCGGUAUUCUGGAGCCCAUAAGAACCGUUGGUUUAGCAUCAAGGUCUUCCAACUCUAGGUGGAUCCUUCGUACCACCAACCCAGUUUAAGCGCUGGGAAUUAGCUUUUCGUACCCUGUUUCGUAAACGACGCUGCUGCCACGAGAAAGCAUCGGGUAGGAAACCCCUGUCAGAAGCCAUAUGAGAGAGCUUCAAGAAGAGCGGACUGCUCAUUCCCGACUGUACUAAGGCAUUCGGCGACAACAUUAGAUGCUGGACUGUCCUGGAUUCAUAAAUUCCGACAGAGACUUCGUGUGCGGUUGAUUCUAUUUAUUGUACUCAUAAUAUAAUUUCGUUUAUCAAAUGAAGAAAUUCGGUUCAGUAGUCAUUCCUAAGCAUAAUGACCAAUAUAAGUUUCUACUAGAUAUCUCUUUCAAGUCCAGCGACCACUGUUAUUUUUUAUCCAUAGCGCUUUACUCAACGGUGUUUUUAGUUUUUCAAAAAUUUGCAGGGACAGUUAAUUACACUAACACAUAUAGAGCACCAUUCACUAGGUCGCUAUUUUCACCGUAUUCAUCAUCGUGUUUAUUUUAAUUUGUCAUAGAUAUUCUUUCCUAAAAGGAUAUCUAUGAUAAUACUUUAUUCGACUGAUUUUCCGGAUAUCUAUCUACAGUGGGAUUCGCUAGAGGGUAUCGUCCUAUUUAACGUGCUUCUCUUCCCCUAAAUACAGUGUUGGAUUAGCACUGAUUUAUGCAUCCUUUAGAUUAAAUCCUAAAGGAAAAUAGUUUUACGCUAAUUAUUGCAUCUAACUUGGAGGUCUCAUCGACCCUAAGAGACCGAUAUUUGGUAGUAUCAACACAGGUUCACGAAGCUGUCUUGUUUUUUUUCUAACUUGGGUUACCUGCGGUGUAGGGAAGAUAUCCAGCUGCCGAACAAAGGUUGGUAUAUUAUAUACCUGCUUCUUAUCUCAUUCUAUAACUGUGAAACAUAGUUUAUGAAAGUGCAAGGUAUGUGUAGGCAACGGAUUUUCAAAGCAUUUCUUGCAUAUCAUAAAACUAAAUAUCUCCAACUACCGCUCACCUGAACGUGUGGUGUUAACUGGCAUAGAAAUAUGUUAAAAGAAAGCAUCAAAUUAAUCCAUGAAGUCAUUGGCUGUUGUACUGAGCAGAUUUGGAAAGUGCAGACUAUCUGGUUGGAAUCCGUGCUAUUAUCCGGAUCAGUGUUUGAACACGUUGAGUGACGUUGCGUAGAAUCAGCCAGUAGCGCAAAUGUAUUUGUCUCCUUGCAUAUCAAGAGCUUUAAGAUUACAUUAUAGGAUGAAGUCAGUCUUCUUGAACCGUAUUUGGUUGGUUCUUUUUAUUACUGGCGAUACUAGUACUUCUGAUACUUUGAUAUUCAUCUGGACAAUUUCAUGGCACAGUUAUGUUGUAUGUCAGCUGGAUCCUAUGGACAUUUUUACCAUUUUUUACGUUCCUGAUAAUUAACUGACUAUUGAAUUAUGAGAAAUUCCUGUAUAUAUAUGUCUAUGACGAAUAAACUUGUAAUUCACAACUCUAGAUCUAAACCAGGUAGAUACACAAGGCAUCUUGUUGCUUUGCUUCAGUCAGGAACUGUUUGGCUGUCAAAACUUUUUCAAAAACUGUUUUUCUUGAUUCCGUAGCAGUAUUUUGUAACCAUAGUUAUCAGCCUAUAAUUCACGUUCUUUUCGUUUCUAAGAAAUAUGCAAGCCCCCAUUGUUAUGAAAAUACUUGCUGCCUCUGUGUCUUUAGCGGAUAAAGCCUGCAGUUUAAUUCGUGCAGUAUAUGAUUCCAAAGACUUGGAGAUUAUUGAUAAAGGAGUUGAUGAUUUACAAUCCAGAGCUGAUCGAGAUUCUCAGCGAUGUAUAGUGCAUUCCUUGAAUGAAACCUUCCCGGGUCUCCAUGUUAUUGGUGAAGAAGGUGAUUUGGAUCCUGGAAAUGUACUUCAGUCCACUGAAUUAAACUUAGCUGUCCUUGAAUGCCAGUGUCCUCCGGAGCUAAAAGAUUUAUCACUUGAGGAAAUUGUAGUUUGGGUGGAUCCUCUGGAUGGCACAAAGGAGUUUACUGAAGGUCUUGUUGAAUUUGUUACGGUUCUUAUCGGAAUCUCAGUUGGCGGAAAGGCUGUGGGUGGUGUUGUCGCUCAACCUUUUUACAAACCCAAUCUAACGAUGACUGCAGGUGAACUACAGUACAAAACUCGGGUCGUUUGGGGACUUGUAGGUCUAGGUGUAUUCGGUGUAACUCCUCUGCUGCCUUCUUCGAAACUGCCAUAUCCAAUCGACCAAAAUGCAGAAAAAUUGACUUCACCUCAUAUUAUUGUGGUUACUCGGUCGCAUCGCUCUCCUACUGAUGGACUUAUCAGCGAAGCAUUCUGUCCCACUGAUGUAUAUCCAAUAAUCUUUUACAUAAAUAUCGCAUAAUUUUGAGGUUUCUGAUUUCCAGCUAGAAGUAUCUGUCGGCUAUGAUAGCGAAUGUAGAAUGCUUGAUUUUGCUGUGAAAAUCAAGUAACCUAUUAUUCUUAAUUUCUCGUGCCUUAUGUUUUUUUUUCUCAUAUUUUUAUAUAAUGUUCUCAAGUAUGGUUUGUAUUAUUACAAUAUAAAAGCUGUUUUACAGUCUCGCCGUUACAACCACUUGGUCACUACUAGUGAUUAAUACAUAUGUUCUUGUACAUU